CAGCGGGUGAUGUCUAAGGAAAGAUGGCGGAAGGAGGAGCGGCUGAUAUGGAUACUCAGAGAGGAGAAGUCGCAGCACUGCUGAAAACACAGCUACAAAAGGGAGAUACUUGGUACCUAGUGGACAGCCACUGGUUCAAACAGUGGAAGAAAUAUGUGGGCUUUGACAGCUGGGACAAAUAUCAGAUGGGAGACCAGAAUGUCUACCCUGGACCAGUGGACAACUCAGGGCUCCUUACAAGUGGUGGGGAUGUUCUGGCCAUCAAGGAGCACCUCAUUGAUGAGCUGGACUACAUCCUGAUCCCAACAGAAGGCUGGAAUAAGCUAGUGAGCUGGUAUGCACUGAUGGAGGGACAUGAGACCAUCUCACGCAAGGUGGUAGAACAGGGUAUCUUUGUGAAGCACUGCAAGGUGGAGGUGUACCUCACAGAACUGAAGCUGUGUGAAGACGGCAACAUAGACAACCUGGUCACCAGACGCUUCAGCAAAGCAGACACGAUAGACACCAUUGAGAAGGAGAUGCGUAAACUGUUCAGUAUCCCAGACGAGAAAGAGACCAGGUUGUGGAACAAGUACAUGAGCAACACGUUCGAGCCUCUGAACAAACCGGACAGCACUAUACAGGAUGCAGGACUCUACCAAGGACAGGUCCUGGUAAUAGAGCAGAAGAAUGAGGAUGGAUCGUGGCCUAGAGGUUCUUCUGCACCAAAGUCAUCUGGUGCUUCCAAUCUGUCUGCUUUGCCAAAGAUCUCCCCUUCAUCUCUCACAAACAAUCAUAACAGCAGGAAUGUGAAAAACUCUAGCUACAGCCUUCCGUCCUACCACCCGUAUAACAGCUAUGAGUGCUCCGAAGGCAGGCAGAGUGAGCGGGCUGGCCUGUGUGGUCUCUCCAACCUGGGAAACACCUGCUUCAUGAACUCUGCACUGCAGUGUUUAAGUAAUGUUCCUCCUCUCACCGAGUAUUUCCUGAAAGACAAGUACAACGAUGAGUUGAACGAGGACAACCCUCUGGGAAUGAAAGGGGAGAUCGCCAAGGCCUACGCUGAGAUCACCAAGCAGUCAUGGUCUGGGAAGUACAGCUACAUCACACCACGGCCUUUCAAGACCCAGGUGGGUCGUUUUGCCCCCCAGUUCUCAGGUUACCAGCAGCAGGACUCUCACGAGCUGCUGGCCUUCCUGUUGGACGGUCUACACGAGGACCUGAACCGUAUCAGAAAGAAACCCUACAUCCUGCUCAAAGAUGCCGAGGGCAGGCCUGACAAGGUGGUGGCCGAGGAGGCAUGGGAGAACCACAUCAAAAGGAACGACUCCAUCAUCGUGGACAUCUUCCACGGCCUCUUCAAGUCCACCCUGGUGUGCCCCGUCUGCGCCAAGGUCUCCGUCACCUUUGAUCCCUUCUGCUACCUGACCCUGCCGCUGCCCAUGAAAAAGGAGCGCACACUGGAAGUCUACCUGGUCAGGCUGGACCCCCUGGCCAAACCCACACAGUAUAAACUGACUGUGCCCAAGGUGGGCUACAUAUCAGACCUCUGUACCUCGCUCUCUACUCUAUCUGGUGUUCCUGCUGAGAAAAUGAUUGUAACAGAUAUCUACAACCAUCGGUUCCAUCGGAUAUUUGCCACCAAUGAGAACCUCAGCAGCAUCAUGGAGAGGGACGACAUCUAUGUCUUUGAAGUGGCAGUGAACCGGCUAGACGACACAGACCAUGUGGUGAUCCCAGUCCACCUUAGAGAAAGGUACAAGCAGUCAGGGUACAACCAUACCUCCACUCCUCUGUUUAGCCAGCCCUUCCUCAUCACCGUUCCCAGAACACUCAGCGAGGACAAGCUCUACAACAUGUUGCUGGUACAUCUCUGUCGGUUUGUUCGUUCUGUCGUUGAGGAGGACCACACUGAGCAGACAUCCCCCUCUUCUAAACAACACACUGUCAAUGGCAAUGCUACUAAUGGGCUCCUGGAGGAGGGCUCGCCCAGCGAGAUGGAGACUGACGAGCAGGAUGGAGAUGACGAAUCCAGUCAGGACCAGGAGCUGCCUUCUGAGAACGACAACAGCCAAUCAGAGGACUCUGUGGGUGGUGGGGACAAUGAGCUGGAGAACAGGGUUGGUCCAGGGGAAGAGAAUUCGGGGACCAAAGGUCACCAGAACCAGAUGUCUACGACGAUGGAGGACAAGAAGAGAUUGUUUACAUUCCAGUUUAACAACAUAGGGAAGACGGACUUCAGCUUAAUUAAGGAGGAACCGCGGCUGAUCCGGUUCAACGAGGGACACCUCAGACUCAGUGACCGGUCCUAUCUCUCUUUGGACUGGGAACCAGAGGUUAAGAAGAAACACUUUCAUGAGGGUAUCACAGAGGACUUUGAGAAGCAUGAGAGCAUGGAGUAUAAGCCUCAGAAGAAAGCCUUCUUCAAGCUGAAAGACUGCAUCGAGCUGUUCACCACCAAGGAGAAGCUCGGAGCUGAGGACCCAUGGUACUGUCCAAACUGCAAGGAGCACCAGCAGGCCACUAAGAAGCUGGACCUGUGGUCUCUGCCUCCUGUCCUGGUGGUCCAUCUGAAACGCUUCUCCUACAGCAGAUACAUGAGGGACAAGCUGGAUUCACAAGUUGAUUUCCCACUCGGUGACAUGGAAAUGUCAGAGUUCCUGAUCGACCCUAAUGCUGGUCCCUGUCGCUAUGAUCUCAUUGCGGUCUCCAACCACUACGGAGGCAUGGGAGGAGGACACUAUACUGCUUAUGCUAAGAACAAGGAUGAUAACAAGUGGUACAACUUUGACGACAGCAGUGUCUCUCCAGCCAACAAAGAUCAGAUAGUGUCCAAAGCAGCGUACGUGCUGUUCUACCAGCGCCAGGACACAGUGAAUGGAACAGGCUACUUCGAUCUGGACCAAGAGGAGGAGAACAGAGAAGGGGAGGAGGAGAGGAAGAGCGUCGCCUCAUCCCAGGGGGCCUCCGCUUCAGUCCAGAGCGACGAAGAAGAUGUAAACGACAAUGUCACCAUGAAAACCAACUGAGCUGGAGAAAGAGACAGAGCGAGAGACAACAAUAUCCAUCCUAAGCCAUAUCGACAGACACAGAGCAGUGGGCCAGGCCUGAGGCUGUGCACUGACCUCUGACCCCAUCCAUUCCUACGAAGAGUGGGCUACCAGGGGAAACUAUACACUGAGAAGUUUGUCAGUGCUGGAACACCCAAGCAAUAUUACUAAAGAAAUCAGGGCCUAUAGAUAUCUGUGGCCUGACUGACCGGUCUUAUUCGUGUCGCAGUGAGUCUUCUCCAUGUCCAUUCUACAUGAAUCAUCCACUCUGGAGGAAAAAGAAGUCAAGCUCUGUUCUGAUUCUGAACAAUGACAUCAUCCUGAAAUCUCAUGGAUCCAUUAGAAGCGUUAGGAAGGCCUGCAUUCAGUUCGUCAUAGAAUCAAACACAGAAUGUCACAGUGCAGUGGAGGCGCUGCUUUGGCGCUUCGAACCGAUACUCCCUCCCUCCCACCCACCUGCUUUAAUUUUGUUUUUGUUACGUUUUUAUUUUUUUGAGAGCGCAAAUCAUUAGCAUACCAUUUUACCAUUCUUUUUAAGCUAGGCCUUGUAAAUAUAUAUUUUUUAAUGAAAACUGAAUUAUUAUUACGUUUUAAUGAUGCGCUGAAGCCUUUUUGGGAAUUCUUUCUAAUACUUUUAUUUUGUUGCACAAUCACCUCUACCCCCAUUUUUUAAAAUAAUGAAUCGUAUAUUAGUGCCACGUACUGCAAUUGCUUUACAAAUUACUCUGAGCCAGGGUCUUCUCAGUUAAAAUGCUUUGAAUGCUGCCUUUUAAACACUGGUCAACAGAACACACAUCCACACAUAGUGACUCUGCUCUGAGUAGAGUAGGAGUGCUGAUCUAGGAUAGUUUUUGCCUUUAGGAUCAUAAUGAAUAAGGUUAUAUGGACAGGGAGGGACCUGAUCCUAGAUCAGCCCUCCUACUCUGCUUUGUGUAUGUGAGGAGGAAGAGCAAAAUACACUUCAUAAUGUAAAACAGCCAAACCAGUCAUGUGGUGAACUUGCAUUUUAGACACAACUAAUGUACACAAUAUAAGCCUUAUGAUUAAGUUCUGUUUUUUUCUUCUGCUGGUCCUUACAAUAAGUAUCCUCCUAGCCACAUGAAGUCAAGUUCCAGAAACAACCUCUAGACACUUUUGUAGAUCUGAAAUGAUCAGAUAGGUUAGGUGAAUUUUUCACCCCAUUUCACAUACCUAUCACAUGACAAGGUGGAGCUACUACCAUAUUGCUCACACCCAAUUCUUUCAGAUCUGCAUAAGUGAUUAGGAGACGUGUUUGCAUAUUAGGUAGGGGCUUUUCUGGGACAGACCCACCACUCUUAGGCGGUAUGUUGCAUUACUAGCUUUACAUGGCUUGAACCUCUCCUCUGCUACCUGCUCCUUCUAGAGGCUUUUUGAGAUUAUGAAUAUUGGUGAUACAUUAGAUUUCUGUUUCUUGGUUGGAUCACCUCAGCCUUAACUCUUAAUCUCAGAUUGUAGUCUUUAGCACAUUAUUACGUCACGCUGUCUGUGCAUGGCCCCGAAACACACACACACACUUAAACAGGACACAGAUACGAGCUGAAACUCAUUCAUACACUCACAGUAACACUUACACACCCUCAAACCUAUCUUUGCUGUUCCCAACAGAAACAUACAUGAAUAGCAACCGCUGCUACUGGAAUUCAACCAUUAAAAAAAAA